ACCAUCAUCCAGAUAAUCGUUAUGAAGGUCCUUGUUGUAGGCGCAACAGGCGCCAUAGGCAAUACACUACUCAACCACUGCCUCCGCCGACCAGAAAUAACCAGCGUAGUCGCCAUAGCUCGUCGUCCAGUCCCAUCCUCCGACAAUGAAAAGCUUUCAAGCAUCAUCAUACCAGACUUUGACGCUCUUCCAGGCCCUGAAGAUGCGACAUGGACACAAAUGGCCGACGCCGACGCACUGAUCUGGGCAAUGGGAUCAUACACCUUUGACGAAGACGUCAACUAUGCCUACCCCAUCGCUUUCCAGUCAGCUCUCUCCAAACGACUGGCACGAAACGGGAAUACUGAGAAGUUCAAAUGGAUACUGCUUGGUGGAGCUUUCACUGAGCCGGAUCAAACUCGGUUUUUGUACUUCCUUACCAGCCAGCGGCGUACUAAAGGGCUGUUGCAAACCAAGACAUUGGAGUUUGCAGAUGAUCAUGCAGAUUGGGAGGCAAUCAUCAUAAGGCCUGGAGGUAUCCUCUUCGGGGGAGAUACGUGGACGAAUAGGGUGGGAAGCGCGUUGUUUGGAGAGGGUUUGACCAUUAACGCAGACGUAUUGGGGGCAUGUGUUGCCGACUUGGUCGUCAAAGGGUUAGGAGAGAUGGAGGAGCAGGGAAUCGUGACGAAUAAGGAGUUGUCGGUCAGAGGAAAGAAGGUAUUGGAGGCUGUGGGGCAUUAGCCUUAGACAAGCUAUGGCACAGAAAAUCAUUAUCGAGGUACCAACGAGCGCGACUUCCAGACAGA